GAACAACUACAUAAUUCAAUCUCGCGAAAAUAAUAAAAAUCAUAUCUUAUCAAAAUAAAUCAACACUUUUCUAUGGAUUAAAUAAAUGCUUAAAUGUUUAUUCAUUUGCUUUUGCUUUUGAAUGAUGCUAGCCAUGGAAACCCGCAAUGAAUGAAUACGAAUGGAAAAACCCACCUGUUACUAUAUUUGUCUACAUAAGGCAAAACGGGAGUACUAGAAUGGAGCUUAAGGUGUAAAGAUUUCAGCUGGGUCUUCCGUUGUAAAAUGCAUUAAUUCAUCGUUCAACGCUUGGGGAGGCAUAUAUUGAGCUAAUAUAUUCCGCUUUAUUGUUAAAGAGACUUCACUAUGCUUUUGUCUCAUUAUGUGAAUUAAUGGGUGGAACCUGCACUGAAAACAGAAGAAGGCGCAAUGGCAGACAACUUUUACAGACUUGUUACACUUUUGAUGGACACAACAACGCCUAUCCUGAAAGAUUUGCUUGAGGUCUGUGCUAAGAAUGAUACACCGACCAAUCAAACUUUUACAACUUUAGAGCAACAUCUUUUCAACAAAGAGCAAGCAGUGGAGAAACUUUUUGGCAAAGGGAAUUGGAAGUACAAGAAGAUUUAUCCUAAUGGCAAACCUUCCUCUUCGUUAGAUGUCACGGACAGUGCCAACUUAGACGUGUCGGUUUUAUGUUCAUUGCUUUCAGGAUUAUACGGAGGAUCAAAUCUACCACUUUCAGACAUUAAUCAGGUAACGGCUAUUAGAAACAGCAGUUUCUUGGCUCAUGGAUGUUCAACAACUAUACAGUCAGAUGACUUUGAAACCUUGUGGGACCAGUUGAAGAAUGCGACAGUCUCAAUUGCUAAACUACGUAGUAACAACAGCUCUACAGCUGCAGUCGAAGAAAAAAUUGAAAAUAUCCUUAUUAGCAAUAUGCCUGGAAUGUGGAAUUCCUGUUUGAAAUGGUUUACAAGUGUUGUUGAAGAGCAGGCCGAUACUAUCCAAUCGAUGCGGACGUUUUUGCAAACAGGAACAGAAGUGCAAACAUCCCCAUUAGGUACAGAACAACAACGAGUGAGAACUGUCAACUAAAAACAUAAGAAACUGCAGUCCAACUUCAAGACUUUACUUGAUAACACCCGGCCCGUGAAUUUGGAUCAGUCGUCAACAAUGACGGAACGGAUAAGAAGUAAACUUAUCACCAAAAUACCCGUUGUUAUUACUGGUGUUGAAUGUGCCCAGUAUGAAGAAGUAGCGUUGAGUUUGAUCAGAAAAAUGACAAACUUUAAAGAAGACUUUUGUGCCACAAUUAACGACCCACACGAAUGGAAGGAUCUUGAAGAAGACUUUGUUAACGUUGUUGUCGUUAAAGAUCCCUUUGGAUUAGAAAUGCUUGAUGAGUCUAAAACUAAAGAAAUGGAUAAAAUAUUUCAUUCAAUUGCAAGCAGAAUCCAAAACAGUUUUAGUACUGUGAUAUUGACAAAGAAAUCGGUUCUUGAAAAAGCUAUUAAAUUUGUUCCGCAUAAAGAAAAUAAGGUGUAUUCCAAUGGAAACAGAUUUGAACCGGCUGGGACCGAGUGUUAUCCAAUAGAUAUGGAAGCACCCAUUCAAGGGACCAAUAAACGAGUGCAACCUUCGAGCCAGGUGCUGAAAAACAUGCUUGACAAUUCGUCUCUAUACCUAAGGAGCAAAGAAAAUAAGGACUUUCAACAAGACAACGAUGUUUUGACAGGCCUUGAAACGAAUGGCAGUUUAGUUAUAACAGGUGACGAACCGGAAGUCCUUUCUUCCUAUGUAGCAAGUUUGGCAACAAGAGACGAAGGAAAACAUGCACUUGUACUGAAACGUACAGCCGACCUGCGAUACGUCGAGAGGCUGAUCCUCUCCCUCUCGACGAAUCUUCUGCCGACAUGGAGAUUGACGAAAACCAACCGACUCCAAAGAAAAGACAUGGCGAUAGAAAGUCCUUGAAAAAAGGUGCAACACGAGUAAACCCGACCUUCACAGAAAUCAAUCCAACGUCAGAUACCGACAAAACCCAGGGUUUCAUAAGAAGAAUGUGUCACAUUGAAAAUGACCUGCUUCUGAUCGAUCGUGACAAUAAGAACAUAAAAAGCAUAACUCAUUUGCAUGAGACAGCGAUUGUAAAAGAACUAGUUGAAUUUGACGAUGCUCCUAUGUGUCUCGCCACAUUGCCGCUUAGCGAUAAAAAUGCUUCAUAUACUGUAGCUGACAUCUUAAGAACGAUUCAUGACAUUGAAAGACCUGUUUCAACAGGAAAUGAUACGUUGGUGUUUUGCCAGGUAAAAGUCAAUUCCAAAAACAAAGUAGUACGGAUAAACCAGAACGGCGAUUGUCGCAUUAUUAUUGAUGAACAAGAUUUAAAAUCUAAUAUCGCAAAGGGUGGUAUGAGUACACAUGGAUCAAAGCUAUAUGUAACGGUGAGGUAUGUUAUUAGGGUCUUUGACUUAGAAAACUAAAUAAUCAGAACAUCUUGAUGCGGACUUCCAGGUUCUUCACUGUGUAUAUUUUUCAAAUGUAAACAUAACAUUGAUUCAAAUACAGAUUAACUACGUAACGUUUGACGUGAUAAUAGUUAAAUGUCAUGUAUUGGAUUGGAAGAUGAAUUUGUCUUUCCAUUCCGAAGCUGUCAUUCCGCUCAUUAAACCUAUGGAAGAUACACUUAUAUUUUCCUUGAUAAAAUUUAAACACCCUUACAGAACGGAACAGAACAUUUAUUCCACUUAAGCAUAAAAAGCUCAUUGUCACAAUGCAAGUUCGGUGAAAGGUAUUAAAGUAUUUAACAUUUAAAAACAGAAUAACCAGAAAUGCGGAAUCUCAGGUUCUCUACUCUAUAUAUUUUGUUAGAAAAAUCGUUGCAAAUGUAAACACUGCGUGCAUUCAAAUGAAGACUAAGUUAAGUUUGGUGUGAUUAUAUAUGAUUUGUUUUCUGACGUCAUUGUUUCUUCACGCAAUGAUACUAGUUAUGACGUAAAGUCAGAAAAAUGGAAUACAGCCAUAUUAUACUGGAGUAGAUUAUUAGUAAUUUAUGUUGUUGUUUUUUUGUAAUAUGUAUUGUGUGCGGAUCUGUGAUAGGCAUAUCAUAACUAACUUUCUUCUAUCCCGAACGUUCAAUUCCGCUUAUUAGAUCAUUGAAGAUACAUUUUUCUUGGGUGAUUUAAAACGCCCAGAUGUAGAAAUAACAUUUUUGUUCGGUGUAACAUGCCAUUUGUUAUAAUAGCCUUGCCCCAAUUUCUCGAAACUUCUUAAGUCUCUUAUAACAGGAUUAAACUAAACCCGCUAUUUUUGUCUUUCAAUAUUUUGCGUUUUAUAUACUCCUUUAACUUUUUUAAUACUUAAGAUAAGAAUAAUCGUUACGAUUAUCUCAAAACAACAUUUUCCAUUUAUCAAAAUUCAAUGAAGUAUGUAUUUUGGCUAAUUGCAAUAAGCAACUUAAGCCUGUUAAGCUUAAGAAAUUUCGAGAAAUUGGGGCCAGGGGGUGUAUAGAAGGCUGGACUUAGUAUGCCAUUAUAAUUAUAUGUUUUUGACGUAGUUUUUUUUCUACAUUUCUAACACAAUCAUCGCACUGGGGGAAGUAAAAGGUGUCAUAAUCAGUGUGUGUAUACCACGUGAUAGAUUACGUCAUAUAUGCU